CAUCACUUCAGGGAAUAAUAUUACGCAACUUUCCCCCUUCACCGUCUAGUCGAGGAACCAGGGAGACGAAAGCAUGUCGAGCACCAAGAUCGUGUCGGCUCUCGCCGGCAAAGUCCGCCUUUUCCCGAGGCGAUGCAGGUCCACGGCGGCGUCCACCAAGCUGGAGAAAGAGCCGGAGGGAUGCGCGGUGGUGGAGGCGGACCCCGUGGAGCUCAUCAGCCAGAGCGGCAAGGCGGCCAAAGAUGGAGAAAAGCUGGGCAAAAUCCACGUCGACUUCAACAACACGGAGGAAGCGUAUAAAAGUAAGGACAACGUCGAGCUGCUGAGGAGCCUGCUGGUCUUCAAGCUGUGCACCGUGGACGUGCUGGUGGAGAAGAACCGGGAGUUAAUGGAGCUGAGCAAGAAGCUGCUGGGUCAGCGGUUGUUCGAGAAGCUGAUGAAGAUGACCUUUUACGGACAGUUUGUGGCCGGGGAGGACCAUAACGCCAUCAAACCCCUCAUCCAGAAGAACCAGGCCUUUGGCGUGGGCGCCGUGCUGGAUUACAGCGUGGAAGAGGACUUGACGCAAGAGGAGGCGGAAAAGAAGGAGAUGGAUUCGUGUCUGUCUCAGGCGGAGAAAGAAAGUCCAGAUGCUGAACACAGUGAGAAGAAGACCAAGGCCCAUCGGCAGUUCAGGGACAGGCGCGGCGGCGUCAUCAGCGCCCGCACAUACUUCUACGCAGACGAGGUCAAAUGUGACAACCAGCUGGAAACUUUCCUCAACUGCAUCAAAGCCUCAGGCGGCGCCUCUGCAGAUGGCUUUUCGGCCAUCAAAUUGACAGCCUUGGGACGCCCACAGUUCCUCCUCCAGUUUUCCGAGGUCUUGGUCAAAUGGAAGCAGUUCUUUAAGUUCCUGGCAGCACAGCAGGGCAAAUCGGAAAUGACGACGUUGGAUCAAAAACUAGAGCCGGAGCAACUCAAGGAAAGUUUGACCAAGCUGGGUGUUGCUGCCAAGGACGACAUUGAAAACUGGUUCACUGGAGAGAAGCUGGGUCUGUCGGGGACCAUAGAUAUGCUGGAUUGGAACAGUUUAAUCAACGAUACGACACAAAUCUCCAACCUUCUUAUGGUGCCAAACCUUGAGACGGGCCAGCUGGAACCUUUUCUGAACAAGUUUACAGCUGAGGAGGAGCGGCAAAUGAAGCGAAUGCUGCAAAGAGUGGACGUUCUGGCUAAUUACGCUGUGGAAAACGGCGUGCGGCUCAUGGUGGACGCCGAGCAGACGUACUUCCAGCCGGCUAUUAGUCGCCUGACGCUGGAAAUGCAGAGGAAGUUCAACAGAGAGAAGCCAAUCAUAUUCAACACGUAUCAAUGCUACCUGAAGGAAGCCUACGAGAAUGUGACAGUGGACGUGGAGUUGUCGCGCAGGGAGGGCUGGUACUUUGGCGCCAAGCUGGUCCGCGGCGCCUACAUGUACCAGGAAAGGGCCCGAGCCGAGGAGCUCGGCUACGAGGACCCGAUAAACCCCGACUACGAGGCCACCAACAGGAUGUACCACAAGUGUUUGGAGUACUUGCUGGAGGACAUCGACCACAGCCGCAAAGCAAACAUCAUGGUUGCCACUCAUAACGAGGACACGGUGAAAUUCACCUUAAAAAUGAUGAACGAGAUGGGCCUGUCACCCACUGAGAAUAAAGUCUACUUCGGGCAGCUGCUUGGCAUGUGUGACCAGAUCAGCUUCCCGCUAGGUCAGGCGGGCUUCCCGGUCUACAAAUACGUCCCGUACGGUCCUGUCAACGAGGUCAUCCCGUAUUUGUCCCGCCGCGCUCAGGAGAACCGCGGCUUCAUGAAGGGCUCGCAGAGAGAGCGCAGCCUGCUGUGGAAGGAGCUGAAGCGCCGGCUGCGGGGGGGCCAGAUCCUCUACCGGCCCGUCUACUGAGUCACGUGACUCACUACACUACUGACUACUUUUCCCAAGAACUGGAUCCGUGUUGUUUCUUGCAAGUAUAUUUAUUCUACUCUGCAGUUUGAAUAACCAAGAACAGACAGCGACGAUACAACACUAAUUGUUGGGCGGCGGGUGUUCAUUCGUUAACAGCUGAGUCAGCGACAGCUUGCCAAAUAGUGAUCCCCACUCAAUUAAACCCCCGGCAAGUGUUUACGAAUACGUCAUUAAUGAGACAUUUGGACUAACCUUACAACAUGUUAACAGGCGUGCAAGAGGUCGGCUCACUAUUUGGCAAGUUCCACCUUGCCACAGUUGCUAUGUUAGCUUUAAAACUGUAUUAAAAAUACUUUGGCUCAGCCUCAGGAAGCAUUACUAUAUUAGAUUAAAUAGAGUGUAAAUGUGACUAACAAGUAACAAGUCAUUUAGGUGUUCAUUCGUUAAAAGCUGAGUCAGCAAGAGCUUGCCAAAUAGUGAUCCCCACUCAUUAACACCCUGCAAGUGUUUACAAACACGUCAUUAAUGAGACAUUUGGACUAACCUUACAACAUGUUAACAGGCGUGCAAGAGGUCGGCUCACUAUUUGGCAAGUUCCACCUUGCCACAGUUGCUAUGUUAGCUUUAAAACUGUAUAAAAAAAUACUUUGGCUCAGCCUCAGGAAGCAUUACUAUAUUAGAUUAAAAAGAGUGUAAAUGUGACAAACAAGUAACAAGUCUUUUAGGUGUUCAUUCGUUAAAAGCUGAGUCAGCGAGAGCUUGCCAAAUAGUGAUCCCCACUCAUUAACACCCUGCAAGUGUUUACAAACACGUCAUUAAUGAGACAUUUGGACGAACCUUACAACAUGUUAACAGGCGUGCAAGAGGUCGGCUCACUAUUUGGCAAGUUCCACCUUGCCACAGUUGCUAUGUUAGCUUUUAAACUGUAUAAAAAAAUACUUUGGCUCCGCCUCAGGAAGCAUUACUAUAUUAGAUUAAAUAGAGUGUAAAUGUGACUAACAAGUAACAAGUAAUUUAGGUGUUCAUUCGUUAACAGCGGAGUCAGCGAGAGCUUGCCAAAUAGUGAUCCCCACUCAUUGACCCACCGCAAGUGUCUACAAACACGUCAUUAAUGAGACAUUUGGACUAACCUUACAACAUGUUAACAGACGUGCAAGAGGUCGGCUCACUAUUUGGCAAGUUCCACCUUGCGCAGUUGCUAUAUUAGCUAGCUUUAAAAUUGUAUAAAAAAUACUGUGGUCACUUAUUGGCUCAGCCCCAGGAAGCAUUACUAUAUUAGAUUAAAUAGAGUGUAAAUGUGACUAACAAGUAACAAGUCUCUUAGGUGUUCAUUCGUUAACAGCUGAGUCAGCGAGAGCUUGCCAAAUAGUGAUCCCCACUCAUUGACCCACCGCAAGUGUCUACAAACACGUCAUUAAUGAGACAUUUGGACUAACCUUACAACAUGUUAACAGACGUGCAAGAGGUCGGCUCACUAUUUGGCAAGUUCCACCUUGCGCAGUUGCUAUAUUAGCUAGCUUUAAAAUUGUAUAAAAAAUACUGUGGUCACUUAUUGGCUCAGCCCCAGGAAGCAUUACUAUAUUAGAUUAAAUAGAGUGUAAAUGUGACUAACAAGUAACAAGUCGUUUAGGUGUUCAUUCGUUAACAGCUGAGUCAGCUUGAGCUUGCCAAAUAGUGAUCCCCACUCAUUGACACCCUGCAAGUGUUUACAAACACGUCAUUAAUGAGACAUUUGGACGAACCUUACAACAUGUUAACAGGCGUGCAAGAGGUCGGCUCACUAUUUGGCAAGUUCUACCUUGCCACAGUUGCUAUGUUAGCUUUAAAACUGUAUAAAAAAUUACUUUGGUCACUGAUUGGCUCAGCCCUAGGAAGCAUUACUAUAUUAGAUUAAAUAGAGUGUAAAUGUGACUAACAAGUAACAAGUCAUUUAGGUGUUCAUUCGUUAACAGCUGAGUCAGCUUGAGCUUGCCAAAUAGUGAUCCCCACUCAAUUAAACCCCCGGCAAGUGUUUACAAACACGUCAUUAAUGAGAUGUUUGGACGAACCUUACAACAUGUUAACAGGCGUGCAAAAGGUCGGCUCACUAUUUGGCAAGUUCCACCUUGCACAGUUGCUAUAUUAGCUAGCUUUAAAACUGUCUAAAAAAUACUGUGGUCACUUAUUGGCUCAGCCCCAGGAAGCAUUACUAUAUUAGAUUAAAUAGAGUGUAAAUGUGACUAACAAGUCCCAUAGGUGUUCAUUCGUUAACAGCUGAGUCAGCGAGAGCUUGCCAAAUAGUGAUCCCCACUCAUUGACACCCUGCAAGUGUCUACAAACACGUAAUUAAUGAGACAUUUGGACUAACCUUACAACAUGUUAACAGGCGUGCAAGAGGUCGGCUCACUAUUUGGCAAGUUCCACCUUGCGCAGUUGCUGUAUUAGAUAGCUUUAAAAUUGUAUAAAAAUACUGUGGUCACUUAUUGGCUCAGCCCCAGGAAGCAUUACUAUAUUAGAUUAAAUAGAGUGUAAAUGUGACUAACAAGUAACAAGUUGUUUAGGUGUUCAUUCGUUAACAGCUGAGUCAGCUUGAGCUUGCCAAAUAGUGAUCCCCACUCAUUGACCCACCGCAAGUGUCUACAAACACGUCAUUAAUGAGACAUUUGGACUAACCUUACAACAUGUUAACAGACGUGCAAGAGGUCGGCUCACUAUUUGGCAAGUUCCACCUUGCGCAGUUGCUAUAUUAGCUAGCUUUGAAAUUGUAUAAAAAAUACUGUGGUCACUUAUUGGCUCAGCCCCAGGAAGCAUUACUAUAUUAGACUAAAUAGAGUGUAAAUGUGACUAACAAGUAACAUGUCGUUUAGGUGUUCAUUCGUUAACAGCUGAGUCAGCUUGAGCUUGCCAAAUAGUGAUCCCCACUCAAUUAAACCCCCGGCAAGUGUUUACAAACACAUCAUUAAUGAGACAUUUGGACGAACCUUACAACAUGUUAACAGGUGCGCAAGAGGUCGGCUCACUAUUUGGCAAGUUCCACCUUGCACAGUUGCUAUAUUAGCUAGCUUUAAAAUUGUAUAAAAAAUACUGUGGUCACUUAUUGGCUCAGCCCUAGGAAGCAUUACUAUAUUAGACUAAAUAGAGUGUAAAUGUGACUAAAAAGUAACAAGUCUCUUAGGUGUUCAUUCGUUAACAGCUGAGUCAGCGAGAGCUUGCCAAAUAGUGAUCCCCACUCAUUGACACCCUGCAAGUGUCUACAAACAC